UUUGGCAGCAGCGCCGGCAGAUGGUGAGGGCGGCCGUGCGGCGCUCGCAGCUGUUGCCGAGCCGGGAGGGGAUGCGCGCCAGCCCGGACGGCAUUGAACAACCCUCUCUCGCCUGCGCGGCGGCUCACCUUUAAGGCGGAGGGGAGGAGAACGGCGAGGCGCGAAUCCGCCGGGAGGGAGAAGGGGCACAGCCCGCUCGGCCCUCCGGUUGCUUCCCCGGCCCGCGCGGCGCCGUCCGGCUUCGUUCGCGCAGGAGCCCGAGGUCCCGCCUGCUCGCCGCGGCCCCCGCCUUCCAGCCCCAUGAGCCGCCAGCUGGAACCCCGCAGCCCCGCCGCGCUCCUGCAUCCGCCGGCGGCCGCUCCCGCCGCUCCCCGCUGCCGGAGCGCCCCUUCCAAGCGCCUCCUCUUGCACGACGGCGCCGAGGACCCUCCGGCCGCCGCCAAGUGCGCCCGCCUGGCCGUCGACUACCCCAGCGCGGCUGCCCAGGACUGUCUCAGCGCGCCGGGCUCGCCUUACGCUCCCGCUUCUCCGGCUCCGGGCGGCGAGGGCUCGCCUUCCAGCGCGCAGGGCCCCAGUCUGGUCGCCGGCUACCUCUUGUUGCCCUUGCUCGACCGGGAGCACGUUUCGAGGGCGCUCGACAUCAACACCGGCCGGGAGCUGCGUUGCAAGGUCUUCCCUCUCAAACACUACCAGGACAAAAUCAGGCCUUACAUCCAGUUACCGUCGCACAGAAACAUCACUGGGAUAGUGGAGGCUAUCCUUGGAGACACGAAGGCAUAUGUCUUUUUUGACAAGGACUUUGGUGACAUGCAUUCCUACGUUAGGAGCUGCAAGCGUCUGCCAGAGCAGGAAGCUGCCAGACUCUUCAAACAGAUUGUCUCUGCGGUUGCUCACUGCCACCAGUCGGCUAUUGUGCUGGGGGACCUCAAACUCAGGAAAUUUGUGUUUUCGAAUGAAGAAAGGAUGCAGCUGAGACUCGAAAGCUUGGAAGAUACCCACAUCAUGAAAGGGGAGGACGAUGCAUUGUCAGACAAACAUGGCUGUCCGGCAUACGUCAGUCCAGAAAUCUUAAACACAACGGGAACCUAUUCUGGGAAGUCAGCCGACGUAUGGAGCCUGGGUGUGAUGCUGUACACUCUCCUAGUGGGACGGUAUCCCUUCCAUGACUCAGACCCUACUGCCCUGUUUUCCAAAAUCCGACGUGGACAGUUCUGCAUCCCCGACCACAUCUCUCCCAAAGCACGGUGCCUCAUCCGCAGCCUUCUCAGGCGAGAACCCUCUGAAAGACUCACUGCUCCUGAAAUUUUGCUCCAUCCUUGGUUUGAUGCAGUUUUGGAAUCUGGGUACGCCGACCAGGAUGUACAAAUCUCUGAUCAAGUUGUUCCAGAGCAACUGAAGGAGGACGAUGACAUGAGCUUCUUCUUUUGCUAGCUCUACCUACUUACUUUGCCUCGGGGACGAGAGAUGUCACACUUGCAUACAACGUUUUGUGUCCGUUUUGUGUCGGUGCAUGUGUGUGUUCGUCUUGUAAACGCAUAGCUUUCCAAAAGCCUUCCUGUGCUCAGGACAAUAGAGAUCUAAAAUGCACUUAACCCACAGGCAGAAGGCCUGUAUAUGCUCCCACAUCCAUAAAAGCUUCCAGGCAGAUUGCAGUCUUGGGUUGCUGAAUCUAGGGAUUCUCCCUCGAAGUCUGUGGGACUGCCAUCUGGUGCAAGCGUGCUGAACUUUUGAACUAGAAUCGGGAGGAGGGGGAGGCUAAUGUUGGAUUUCGUUGGAAAAUCAGAUAGCUUUAUCUGGAAUUCGCUAUAGAAGUAUUGCAGCCUCGGUUGGCUUCCUCCUUCUCAACAGAAGAGCUCUGAGCUCUAUGUGCAUGUUCAGAUUCGCAUGGUCUGGCUUUGCUGUCCAGUUCACAUGGAAAUAACAGGACUGCCAGCUGGCCUUUGAUUACAGAAUCUUUUUGCUGGUGAAGUAAGAGAGAAAUGCAGUUGUGGUUCUUACGAAGCCAGGCAGGAUGGGUGAUAAUCACAGCGCUGGAAUGAUGGGGUGGCACAUUUAAAAAAAAAUGGUGGGAAUAAGAGUCUGACAUUGAUUUCUAAUAAUAUUUUUUUCUCACGUGGCUAUCAUAUCUUUCUGCCCAGAGUUCUCCGGUUGUUUUGUUGGGUUCUUAGACUAGUCAGCUUAUAACCAACUUGAAUGUUUCAACCUUCAAGGCAACCAUCUAGAUCAGGCUGUGCAUCCUAAUCUUGCGAAACAUGUUGACCUUGGGGGUUUAGCUUUUGAACAGCUGGAUUUACAGUUUGCAACUCCACUUGGUUAAUCCAGAUUUAAAGCUGCUGUUUAGCCUUUCAACAGAGCUGUAGUUGAAGGCUUUGGAUGGACAGAUCGGGUAGCUAAUCUUUGUUAUUUUGACCUGAAGAGUCUUGGCAUCUGGAAUUGAGUGGCCUUGAGUUUGAGUACAGGGGCUUGGACAUUUUGGGGGAGGUUUAAACCUCAUCUGCCACACUUGGAAAGUUUUCACAGAUACAGACCCUUGCAUUGCUACCAGUCCCAAAGGUGCCAAACUGUAUUUAACUUCCAGUUAUUUUCACUGAAAGGUCAGAACCAUUAAAAUAAAUAUCCUUGGCUUCAGGAAAAACACCACUCUUUCUCCAUGCAUAACUUCCUCAGUAGACCUAUUAAAAUUGCUUCCAUGUGAUCUGAGCGGGGACUCUCAAUGCUGUUUUUGAUGGGAUGCAAAGGACAGGUGUCCUUGAAGCCCCGUCCGGCAAAGCAGUUAGCUAACUGUCUCAUUGGCACCUACGUUCCUGAAUAUCCAUUUGAUCCUUAAUCCUUAAAGCAAACAAAAAUAUGCCCUGAAUGCAUCACAUGUAUUUUGUAGAAAAGGUGAAGCCACCUUUCCACUUUUUCCAGGCGUGACUCAGCAGUCAAACAGAUGUGGGUGUGCGUGUGACUUCACAAUGAUGCACUGUUUAUGUUGGUGCCUUAAGUACAGUGUUAGUGAAGGGAGGAGCUGUGUGUGCCUGUCAAGGUGUUGCUCUCACCCUCUGGCAUCUCCGGCAACAAGGGCCUCAUGAAACAAGGGGGAAAAGACUUCUGCCCAAGACCUUGGUUUUGCCAUUGUCCACCCACGUUUGCUAAUCCAAGAGGUCGCUCCAAUCUGUGCAAGUCAGGAGAACCCAGCCUUUGUAGAUGCACUUUCAAAGCUCAUCCUUGUUCUUGGGUGCCAAAUGUUAACUGAAGCGGUCCAAUUUUAAGCGUACUUCCCAAGAAGUCAUCUGAAAGGGCCUGUUUCUGACCUUGGUUAGUUCUCUUGUAUCUGUGUAACUGGGUGUUCCUCUCUAAGCAGCAUCAAUAUCCGAAUACCAAAACACAUCAGCCAAGGGUGGAGUGGCCUAACCUGAGAGGCAAAGAUAAGCCCUAUCUCGUUGUGUAGACUGAAACGCAGUUGUGUUUUUGCUUUUUGUCCAAACGGGUGAUGCAAUGCGCUGGCUCCCUCUCUUCUUCCCUUGCCCAUCAGCUAAACCAGGAAGCAAUACCAACAUGCGUUUCUGUAACUCUGCCAACUAUAAUCUGCCUCCAGAAAACUCUUCUUCCUUUUUGUCUUCAGCGUUUUUGUGUCUUUCUGGCAGUAAGAGAUUGUCUUGUUUUAAUUUGUGGUCCAUAAUUAAUACACUUUGCAUAAGCAUUAGCUUCCUGAGUGGGAUAAUGAAGUCCUUGCAAUCAGUGUCAAGUCCAGUUGGUGUAAAAUAGGCCCUUGUUUCUGACAGCUCAUCCAGGCAGGCAAAUGAAAGAAGCUUAUGACGGAAGAUAGUUGGUUUCUUUUGCUGUUGAUACAUCUCAGGCAAAAAUAAGCUGGGUCUGUUGUUGGCAGGCGUGGGAGUGUGCCUGUGCAGAAUACACAGAGUGUUUGAUGGAAAAGCACUUAGGUUUCCUUUCUAAAAUUGCCUGGGGUAGGCCAGCACUAGGAAUCAGUGACCUGGAAAGACUUCUGGAAAAACUACAAUUCCCAGCAUGACCAUUGGUGAGGGAUGCUGGGAAUUGUAGUUUAGCUAGAUGUGAAUGGCCUUAGAUCAGUAUUUCUCAACCUUGGCAACUUUAAGAAGUGUGGACUUCAACUCCCAGAAUUCCCCAGCCAGCCAUGCUGGCUAGGAAAUUCUGGGAGUUGAAGUCCACAUGUCUUAAAAUUGCCAAGAAACACUGAUCUAAUUCCUCAGAAUUUCUCUAAUCCAGAAUGUAGGUAUCUGAAUUUUACAACCUUUAACUCAAGUGUUUUUCAACCAUGGCAACUUUAAGAUGGAUGGACUUCAACUCCCAGAAUUCCUCAGCCAGCAUGAUUGACUGAGGAAUUCUGGGAGUUGAAGUCCAUCCAUCUUAAAGUUGCCAAGGUUGAGAAACACUGCCUUAGAUGCGUCACCUCUGGGAGAGGAAUGUAAUGCAGACUUAUGUAGCUUUGUCUUUCAAGGUACAAUGGAAAAUGUAUUUCUAUGAAGUCAUCAGGGAUAGUAAGCAGCAUGCAAUGACCGCAAUAGCCACCGUUCCUUAUAAGGAAAGCUGAAAAAGCAAUAGUUUGAGGUUUUAAAACCUCACAAUACUAUUUCAAGGCUUUUGCCAACAAAGGGCUCCCAGGAUUCGGUGUGCUUCAUCCCAUGCGGUGUUUUGUCACUGAGUUCUGUUUUUCUAGUUUAAUAACGUGUGUGUAUCCUAAACAAACCCGAGUUAGCAAAGAGCAGAUUAAAUGUGAAUUAUGGCUGGCAAUACUAACUUGAUAAAUCAAGAUAAUUAGAGGUGAAGAGUUUUUGACCUUAAUUGCACUAAAGCUCUUGUGAUUGCUUUAAUAUAUUUGUAUCUGUGAUACAGUUUUUUUUAAAAAAGUAUCUUUGGACCUGCCUAUAAAUCUGUAUAUUUUGGUAGGUGGAAAGUUAAUAACACUGUUGAAAAUCUGUAAAUAUGUACAUAUUUCAAGAAUUACCAUGACGAGGUUGUAAAAUUCCUGUACAAAAAAACUUUAAUAAAUCUGGUUUCAUAACGAA